ACACACACACAGACAGACACACACACACACACUCUAUACACACAGACACACACCAGGCAGCCGUCACAACACCACAGCGAGCCCGUCCUCUAUAUGACAACAGCCAGCCGCCACCAAACAUCACAACCACAGACGACCUGCACACAGACACACGGACCCAGCAGCCAAUCAGACAGCAGGAAAACUUAGAGAUUCAAACGACUGCAGCUUCUUUGUUUUUUGGUUAAAUUUGACUUUCAGAUUUCCAUCAGGAUGUUUGGCCGGACUCUUCUGCUCGUCAGUGUUGCCGUUUUCUUCUGUGCAGAUGCGGAGGAUAAAUCCCGGCUCUACAGGAGGCCCUCCUGUGUGGGGACCAGUGUGUCUCAGGCGUGUCCUCUGACCUGUCUGUCUCUCUACCUGUCUGUCUCUCUGACCUGUCUGUCUCUUUACCUGUCUGUCUGCAGCCCUCCUGUGUGGGGACCAGUGUGUCUCAGGCGUGUCCUCUGACCUGUCUGUCUCUCUACCUGUCUGUCUCUCUGACCUGUCUGUCUCUUUACCUGUCUGUCUGCAGCCCUCCUGUGUGGGGACCAGUGUGUCUCAGGCGUGUCCUCUGACCUGUCUGUCUCUCUACCUGUCUGUCUCUCUGACCUGUCUGUCUCUUUACCUGUCUGUCUGCAGCCCUCCUGUGUGGGGACCAGUGUGUCUCAGGCGUGUCCUCUGACCUGUCUGUCUCUCUACCUGUCUGUCUCUCUGACCUGUCUGUCUCUUUACCUGUCUGUCUGCAGCCCUCCUGUGUGGGGACCAGUGUGUCUCAGGCGUGUCCUCUGACCUGUCUGUCUCUCUACCUGUCUGUCUCUCUGACCUGUCUGUCUCUUUACCUGUCUGUGUGCGCCCUCCUGUGUGGGGA